CGUCACAAUAACAUCAUCUUCUUGAUUACGGAUUAGAUUAGAUAACAUGCAAACUGCACCUACUAUCAAGACGAAGAAGAAGAAUAGAUAAGCAGUCAUCUGGAGGAUAAACUUUUCAUGCAAACUGCACCUACCAUCAAGAAGAAGAUUAGAGAAGUGGGGUUUAUACGUAACAAUUUGCACACAUCGGUACAGUUGUUGCUGAACCGGUGUACAAGUGUGAGAGGUGGACACUUAACAGCAAGACUGACGUGUCUCCAAGACUCCUGGCACACCACGCAACAACUUUAGACCUGCUUGAUACCUUGUUCCAUCUCCCAAGAUUGUCGUCGUCCCUCAACACGAACUUGUUCCAGCUGGGCGCCGGACCUUGCCACCUUCACUCGUACGCUGGGACGCGUGGUGACCAUUGGUUCUCGAUACUGGCAUUAGACAUUCCUCAACAGCCGCCUAGAUUGAUACGAUGCAUGGUUCAUUUAUCAUUAGGGGUCACAGGUACAGCACUGUGUUGGGUUGCAGGUUUCGUCAGCUUGCAGCACGUCGCCUGAGCAGGGAUGUUGCCUAUGCCUCUUCUGUCCCUCAAGUGUGCAUAGUCGGCAGUGGUCCAGCUGGCUUCUAUACUGCUCAACAAAUACUUAAGAGUUGUGCAACAGCACAAGUAGAUAUGUAUGAAAAACUGCCAGUUCCAUUUGGUUUGGUUCGUUAUGGCGUUGCACCAGAUCACCCAGAAGUAAAAAACUGCAUCAAUACCUUUACGCAGACUGCUGCCAAGGAUAGAUUUUCAUUUUUAGGCAAUGUGAAUAUUGGAAGUGAUGUUACCUUCAGCCAGCUGAAGAAAGCUUAUCAUGCAGUUGUUUUGGCAUAUGGUGCUGCACAAGAUACAGCAUUAAAUAUUCCUGGAGAGUCUUUACACAACGUUUUAUCUGCACGGGAGUUUGUUGGAUGGUAUAAUGGUUUACCUGAAGAUGCCGAUUUAAAGGUUGACCUGGAUGUUGAGUCAGUAGCAGUUAUUGGCCAAGGAAAUGUUGCUGUGGAUGUUGCUAGAGUUCUACUCACACCUGUUGACAUAUUAAAAAAUACAGAUAUUCCAGAGAAUGUACUCGAGAGCUUGAGCAGUAGCCGUGUGAAACGUGUGACCCUCAUUGGUCGUCGAGGCCCAGAGCACAUUGCCUUGACUAUCAAGGAACUGAGAGAGAUGAUCAACCUUCAGGGGUGUAGGCCUCUUUUCAGACAAGAUGAUUAUCAACACUUAAGAGGCCUUAUUCCAAAUUUACCACGACCACGUAAGAGACUGCUUGAGCUUCUGGCUAAGACAGCAUUAGACAAGCCUGAUGCCAAGCUUGCUUCUUCGUGGGCUGCUUCAGAGAGAGACUGGAGUUUUCGCUUUCUGCUGAGCCCUCGUGAAAUUCUCGCUGCACCUGGUGGUCAAGCUGUUUGUGGAAUUUUGCUUGGUAAAAAUAGACUUGAGGGUGAUGGCUUGAACCAGAGGGCUGUGCAGACAGAUGAAACUGAAACUCUCGAGUGUGGCUUAGUCCUACGAAGCAUAGGCUACAGAGGCAUCAAUAUUGAUUCCUUGCUACCCUUCAAUGAACAAUUGGGAACAAUUUCCAAUGACGGAGGAAGAGUGACUGGUCACAAUGGUGUAUAUGUUAGUGGAUGGAUCAGCACUGGUCCAGUUGGUGUGAUAUUGUCUACCAUGACAAGUGGUUUUAGUACAGGCAAAGCCAUUGUGGCAGACAUCGAGGCAGGCCUGGUGGAUGCCUCACAACCUCGAGGUGGAAAUGUAGAAAUUAUGAAUAUUUUGAAAGAGAGAGGAGUACGACCCGUAUCAUUUGACGAGUGGACUCGCCUGGACAAAUAUGAAGUAGAGGCUGGAACCAAGCUUGGCAAGCCUCGAGAGAAAGUUUGUAAUAUUAAGCAAAUGAUGAACAUAAUUUACCAGUGAGAGAGUAUGAGGUAGAGUGUAUACCUUUAUUCAUAGUCAAAGGAGCCAGCAGCUUUAACAAAGAUCAACAAAUAGCAUACAAAUAAAAUAUAUAGAAAUUUUAUUGAAUAUGAAAACCUUAUCCAAUACUGUAACUAUUUUAUGUACACUUCACAUAGUUCUCUUUCUUUUUCUCAUGCUUUCUAUUUAUCCUUCCUUUUGUCUAUGUUUCCAUCAUUAUUUUUCAUUUUAACCUAUUCUUUUCUAUUGUUGCUUUCUCUCUCUCUCUCAUAUUUCAAAAGUAAUAAUCUGUAGAAAUGUGCCAAAAUAAUUGCAUAAAUUAGUGUACAGUAGUUUCUCUUGUAUUUUUCCAGUAAAAGACCACACUAUUUUUAUGCGAGCCUAAAAGGACUUCUAAUGCAUCAGUAAUGUUAAGAAAAAUAAGAUUAAAUGACAAGCCUACAUUUGUCAAUAAUGUAAAACAUGGUUCUGUAUAAAUUUGUACUGAACAAAACAUCCAUAAAUAAAAACUCACACCUGAUUCUGUCAGGAAUAAUUAGUUCUUGUUCAGUCACUAUUAUGAGAGCUAUAACGAGUCAACCCGUCCUCUCGAAUAGUAAUAUUGUACAUCGCAUUUUGAUGUAUAUAAUCCCCCCAAGGUCAAAAACUGAUGUAUUACAGGGUUUCAGUAAUGCAGUUGGGUUCGUUCUAGGUUCACAAUCAGGAAUUCCGGGUGCAAAUUCUGGGCAAGACAGAAAUAGUUGGGCACAUUUCCCAUCACCUAAUGCUCCAGUUCACCUAGCUAGUACUAAAUAAGUACCCAGGAGUUAGUCAGCUUGUUGUGGAGUUGCAUCCUGGGAGGGUCAGUAGUUCACUAGAAAGCUAUUUUUUACUUGUUGUUUUGACAAACUAACCUAACUUAACCUUCUUAGGCCUAAUACAUGAUAUCUGAGGCCUAAUAUAGUACAUAUGUGUGCUGUACUAGGCCUAGGAAUAUUUGUUUUUUUAACUUUAUUUUUAAAGAAUUCUUUACUAAUCAGUAUACUACAAUCUAAAACCUAAGUACGUAUGAAUUCGUAACUAUUGACGACCAUCACAAGAGGUACAAUCUAAAUGGGAAGAUGGGUUGCUUUCUGUGACAUCGUCUCACACCAAAGGUCUCAUGCUCUUUUGGCUAAUUGACCUAUGAACUUGCAAAUUGAGGCAAACUUGAGUGAUAAGUUGUAAUUAAAUAUUGGAAACUGUGUGUGGCGUCAUGGUGAUAUUUCUAAAAAUGCAUGCAUUUCAGUUUUGGUAUAAUUUAACAUGUUCCCUUUGCUUUAUUAAAAUUUAUUAACU